CACGCAUCCCCCUCUUUAGGGUCGGUCCUCCUCCGCCCGUCUUCCUCCGGUCGCUCCAUCUUCCCGGAAAACCAGGAAAAGCUUCGAUCGGAAUCGCCGAAUCGCCGGGCCGGGCCUUUUUUCCGGGAAAAUCCAUCCUCGUUCCUCCCCAAUUCCGGUCUCCUCCGGGGAACCGAGCUCCCUCUUCUCCCUCGUUCUCGCGAGCAGGAGAGGGACAAUAUUAUCGCUUCGGGCGAUUGAGCUUCAUAAAUGCCUCGCUCUCAUUCAUAGUCGGUUGCGUUCGAGAUAUCCAUCGUCGGCUCAAUCGAUAUUUUCUGUCGUCGGAGGAACUGUCAUCGUUUUUUGUCGGAAUUUUCUGGAGGAGGAGGAGGAGGAUUGGUGGGGAUAAUCUGUGAAGAUGGCUAGCCAGAGCGGGUCGUCGCGGAAGAGCGUGACGCUGUCGAGCUUGUCGCAGGGGAAGAAGAAAGCUUCCGAAAAUGGAGGACGAGGAUUCGACGGCCCCCGGAAAUCUCUUUCGUCUUCUCGUUCCAUGGGAUUGACUGGAGAGCGCACUGUGAAGAGACUGAGAGUGUCAAAGGCCCUAACAGUACCUGAAACUACAAGCCUCUAUGAGGCUUGCCGCAGGAUGGCAGCUCGCAGAGUUGAUGCUUUGCUGCUAACUGAUUCCAAUGCACUACUCUGUGGUAUUCUUACAGACAAGGAUAUAACAACAAGAGUUGUAGCGCGGGAGUUGAAUCUUGAGGAAACACCUGUUUCUAAAGUAAUGACUCGGAACCCGACAUUUGUUCUCUCUGACACCCUAGCUGUUGAGGCACUUCAGAAGAUGGUGCAAGGAAAGUUUAGACAUUUACCUGUUGUGGAGAACGGGGAGGUCAUUGCUUUGCUUGACAUAGCCAAAUGCUUAUACGAUGCUAUUGCUCGUAUGGAAAGAGCUGCUGAAAAGGGAAAAGCAAUUGCUGCUGCUGUAGAAGGGGUUGAAAAAAAUUGGGGGACAUCCAUCCCUGGCCCCAACACAUUCAUUGAGACACUUAAAGAGCGAAUGUUUAGGCCCUCUCUGUCCACAGUCAUUUCUGAGAAUUCAAAAUUGGUAACUGUUUCACCAACAGAGACGGUCUUAGAAGCAGCCAAAAAGAUGCUUGAAUCCCGAUUAAACUCAGCGGUUGUGACUGUAGAAAAUAAACCAAGGGGAAUUCUAACUUCAAAAGAUAUAUUGAUGCGAGUAAUAGCUCAAAGUCUUCCUCCAGAUUCCACUCCUGUGGAGAAGGUCAUGACUCCAAAUCCAGAAUGUGCAACGGUCGACACUCCUAUUGUUGAUGCCUUACACACCAUGCACGAUGGAAAAUUUUUACACCUUCCAGUGGUAGAUAGAGAUGGAAAUAUUGUCGCCGUGGUGGAUGUCAUUCACAUAACUCAUGCUGCUGUUGCCACUGUUGGAAGUUCUGCUGGAGUCAACAAUGAGGCUGCAAGCACAAUGAUGCAGAAGUUUUGGGAUACUGCUAUGGCUGCUAGUCCAACAGAUGAUGAAGAAGAAGCUAGAAGUGAAGGUUCCAUGAAGUUAACUUCCGAUGGAGGAGACAUCGGGAGAUCAUUGUCCUAUUCAUCAACCCAACCAAAUUCAUUUACCUUUAAGAUUGAAGAUAAGAAGGGGCGGAUGCAUAGAUUUUCUUGUGAUGCUCAAAGCAUGACAGAUAUUAUAACAUCAAUUGUCCAAAGAGUAGGUGAUGACAUUGACAGAAACAAUCUACCUCAGAUUCUGUAUGAAGAUGAAGACCAUGAUAAGGUCGUCCUCGCAUCAGACGGUGAUCUCGCGGCUGCAGUUGAACAUGCAAGGUCAGCUGGUUGGAAGGGUUUAAGAUUGCAUCUAGAUUAUUCUGGAACAGCCAAGCGAAGUAGAGGUGCGACUGGUGGUGACAUGGCUUAUGCCCAAGCAGAUGCUUGGGCUUCUGCGUACAGUGCUGUUGCAGCUGGGGCUGCUCUUGUUGCUGGAUUGGGAGUAUUGGCAUACUUGAAAAGAGGUGGUAAUUAAAUUUCCAUAUCGAUGCCCAAUUCCAAGGAACCUGCCGAAGUGGCAAAUGAAAGAUGGAAUCCUAACACUAAUUCUUGGGCGGGUUUAUUGCUCUUAAUCAUAGAUACUCGGGGAACUGUACGCAGAAGGAGAAGAAAAGUUCUUGGCACUCGGCUGCCUUUGUAAGGUUGCGCUAUGACCCAUUUGUUUCACCAGGUUUUGCAGUUCCUGAUCUCCAGGAAUAUUUUGGCUGGUCGGUAUUUGUGUCAUUCAGAAAAAAAAUAAAAAUAAAAAAUCGAGGCUUGUGGGUUCGAAAAUGAAUAUUAAUUGAUUUUUUAUUUCUUGGGUUUAGGCAGUAUUGUAUGUGGUGUGGUGGGUAACUGCCACGGGACUGUAUAAACGAUCUUUGCGUUGUUUGCAAUCACUGUGACUAUAUACUCUGCAAGAAUCUCGGCAGCAUUGGAGAUUAAACACUGCUUUGCCCAUCAUC